AUGGAAAAUUAUUCGAGUGAAAUGAGUGAGUUGGUAGAAAAAACUAAUGAGUGUUGUAUAUCAGAGCGUUUGAUUGAUUUGAUGAAUCGUACUCACUACGAGUUAGUUCAAGAGAAUGGACAACGACGUUUGACAGCUCCAGAGCUUACCAAGGAGUACCGCGACCGCAUCAAAGGAGCUGAAGUCUUUUUGGGACGUCUCCCACGAAACUGCUACGAAGAUGAACUGAUGCCGGUGUUGGAGAAGGCUGGACGUCUGCUGGAGCUGAGGUUGAUGCUGGACUUUUCUGGAACUACUCGUGGCUACGCGUUUGCUCUGUAUGAAGAUGCCAAAACUGCUCGACGUGCUCGUACUAUGCUUGAUGGCUAUGAAAUAAGACCUGGACAUAAAAUUGGUGUCGUUAAAUCUAUUGACAACUGCAGACUGUUCUUUGGAGGUGUUCCCAAAGAUAAAAAAAAAGCUGAGUUUGUUGAAGAAUUGGGGAAAAUUCUUGAUGGAAUUUCAGACAUUUACUUGUAUCCAAAUGCUCAAGAUCGUACACAAAAUCGUGGGUUCAUUUUUGUCGAGUUUAAAGAUCACCGAUCAGCUGCAAUGGCAAGACGUAAGCUCAUUCCUGGCAGAGUUAUGUUGUGGGACCAUGAAGUAGCUGUUGAUUGGGCAGAUCCUGAGCCCGGAGAGUCUUUAGAUGAUGAACUUCCUCACCAAAAAGUACGUGAAGUUUUUCACAGAACAACUGGUGUACCGAUUCUGAAAUUGAAAAAAAUUAAUCACUUUGCUUUUGUUCACUACGAAACUCGUGAAAUGGCUAAAAAAGUUCUUGAGAUCAUGAAUGCUCCAAAUGGAAUUGCAGAAAUACAACAGUGGGAGAUUUGCUGGGCUAAGCCAAUUGGUUCAACAAAAAUACAAGAGCGACAGCGCGCAAUCCAAGAAGCAGCUGGUACAGAAAAAUUCCGCGAUAAUCAAGUUCUUCCCCAGAAUAAUCAACCAAAUGGUACUAACAAUAAACGUCAGAGUACAAAGAAAAAGUCCAAGAACGUUGAACCACGUAGUCCUGACGUUAAUCGCAGUUUACCGUCGACUGUAAGCACUUCUCCGGAGAUCGGUCGUGUCACCAUAGCUCCAAUCAGCCCGCCGUGUAUCAUUCCAACGGACUACAAAAAAAUUUUAGAAAAUUUUAUCGCUCAAAAGUUUGGUGCUCGAUGCCACUUUAUUUGUAUGCAAAUGUUUGUACCUGUUGGAUUUAUUUGUAAGAUUUCAAUAGUCUGCAACAAUCAAAUCAUGUAUGAAUUCCAAGGCCAGCUCUAUCAGACUCAAAAUCAAGCAAUUAAUUUAACAUCUCGAGAAGUAUACUACCAACUGGUCAACAACUCUACUAUGCCUGUUAUUGUCCCACCAAAUGUUUAUUCAUCAUCUAAUUAUUUGUUUGGCCAAAGCCAAGCUUGUCAUUAA